AUGGAGGUGGAGGACUCGGGCGGCGUGGUGCUCACCGCCUACCACUCGUACGCGCGCUCACAGCCGACCAGCCCCGAGCCGCGCUGCGCGCCCCGGGCCGCCUCCAGCCACCCGCUCAGCAGAAAAUCCAUUUCUCACUGCCGAAGAAUUAACAGGAUGCUCUCCAACGAAUCCCUGCAUUCUCCUGCCUUCAGCCGCUCUAACUCCCAAGCCUCCGUAGACAGCGCCUCCAUGGAGGAUUUCUGGCGGGAAAUAGAGAGCAUCAAAGAGCAUAGCCUGGGAAGGCAAGAGGAGCAGUCGCCAACCGAGGCCAAGCCCGUGGAUGAAGGUGAACUUGAAGCAGAGUGGUUGCAAGAUGUGGGCUUAUCAACUCUGAUCUCGGGCAAUGAGGAGGAAGACGGCAAAGCCUUGCUUUCCACGUUGACCCGAACGCAGGCAGCUGCAGUGAAGAAGAGGUACAAAACCUACACUCAGACCCUGAGGAAGAAGAACAAGCAGUCCGUCCGGGAUGUCAGAGACAUCUUUGGAGCCAGCGAAGCUCCUCCAGAUGACACUUGUGACAAGCACCCUACUCAGUUGGAUGGCACUGAUGAAAACAAGGAGCCCCCAGGAGUUAUCAAAACAUGUGAUUCCAUGCCAGGUGAUGCUUCUCUCAACAGUACCACGCUGUCCAAGGGAGCACAGAAUGAAGAAGUGAGUUUUGUAGUUCCCAGAAGUGGUUCCCGGUCUAUCCUCGAGGCUAUUCCUGACAUACCGGUUCAUUCCAACGGAUCUCCAGGCCCAGGACAACCCGUCCAGCCCGCAGAGAGAGAUGACGAUUAUCUGGAAAAGAACAUUCCAACAGAGGCUGAAGAACUGUCCUUCGAAAUAUCUUAUUCAGAAAUGGUUACAGAGGCUCCAAAAACGAAUAAUUUGAAGAAGUUGGAGCUUAAGAAAGAAGACUGUGUUUUAACUAAAUUCACCGUGCAGAAAACCAGGCUUGGUUUGACGGAAGCAGGAGACUUGUCUGCUGAAGACAUGAAGAAAAUCCGCCAUCUCUCUCUAAUUGAAUUGACGGCCUUUUUUGACGCCUUUGGAAUUCAACUGAAGAGAAACAAAACAGAGAAAGUAAAAGGACGAGACAAUGGAAUUUUUGGAGUUUCACUUCCAGUCCUCCUGGACAAUGAUCGAAAGAAAGACCCUGGAGUGAAAGUUCCACUCGUAUUACAAAAAUUUUUUGAGAAGGUUGAAGAAUCGGGUCUGGAAUCAGAAGGCAUUUUUCGGCUUUCAGGAUGCACUGCCAAAGUCAAGCAAUACCGUGAAGAAUUGGAUGCCAAGUUUAGUGCCGAUAAAUUUAAAUGGGACAAAAUGUGUCAUCGGGAAGCUGCUGUGAUGUUAAAGGCAUUUUUCAGGGAACUUCCCACCUCUCUCUUCCCUGUGGAGUACAUACCAGCCUUCAUCGCUCUCAUGGAAAGAGGGCUUCAGAUCAGAGUACAACUUCAAGCCUUGCACCUCAUGGUCAUGGCACUGCCUGACGCUAACAGGGAUACAGCCCAGGCGCUCAUGACAUUCUUCAACAAAGUGGUUGCCAAUGAAGCCAAAAACCGCAUGAGCAUGUGGAACAUUUCAACUAUAAUGGCACCAAACCUUUUCUUCAGCAGAAGCAAACAUUCUGACCAUGAAGAAUUACUGUUAGCAAACACUGCAGCCCACAUCAUCCGCCUCAUGCUGAAGUACCAGAAGAUUCUGUGGAAGGUGCCAUCCUUCUUAAUCACCCAAGUAAGAAGAAUGAAUGAAGCCACCAUGUUGUUAAAGAAGCAGCUCCCAAGUGUGAAAAAGCUGCUUCGGAGAAAGACCAUUGAACGGGAGAUUACAGGCACCAAGACUUCAAAGGUACUACAGAAAUCACCAUCAUCAAGAAGAGUGUCUGACGUGCCAGAAGGAGUCAUCCGGGUCCAUGCUCCGCUGCUCUCAAAGGUGUCCAUGGCCAUUCAGCUGAACAGUCAAACCACAGCCAGGCACAUACUGGCGAAAUUCGAGUAUGAAAACAGUCAUAGUCCAUCAGAAUCUAUCAAGAUUGAGAACCAAAGAUUAUAUGAGAUUGGAGGAAAUAUAGGACAACAUUGCCUGGAUCCAGAUGCGUAUAUAUUGGAUGUAUACCAUGAAAAUCCUCAAGCAGAAUGGGUAAUUAAGCCCUAA